GGCUGGAUUGCUUGCUUGCUUUGAAAUUUGAACGGAUUGGUGAGAUCUGCACAUCCUCAUCGGGCUAAAUUUAGUUUGUCAGCGAUAAAAAUCUGGGAAAACUCGCUGUUGGUGCUACGAGUACUUGGCAUACAAGUGAAUGUAACCCUGGCCAGGACCGACAGCCAGGCCAAUAAAGUGUGUAAUAGUAAUGCUGCCACAUCUAUAAUCCAACAUGAAUGGGAUGAAUAGUCGUGAUGAAAGUGAGGACUGCAUAGGUCGGGAAGAUCCACGAGCUCAACUUCAUUUGACUUUGGAGAACUUUGACGGCGAAGGCAUCCCCGAGGAUUGUCCUUAUGUCCUGACGAGUCCCCGAUCCUUGGAAGCCUGCAAGAGACUCUGUGUCAAGCCCAUUGAGCUUCUACCGUGUUCCAUCGACGAGAUCAGGGAACAUUUGGAGGAAGAAGGAGAUCUUAGCUUUGAAUCUUUACUCAUUCUCAGAGAUGCUGAAGACGAACGACGCCAGACCUUGGAGCAUUGCCGACGGUUGCGCCAGGAGCUAAUCAAAGAGGAACAGGAUCUGUUCCGCUUGAACCAGAUUGAACUCUCCAAUUCUCUCGGCCUCUCACGACUUCGUUAUCCACAAUCUAUUACCGAAGAAGAAGACGAGGGAAACGAAGAACCAGACGAUAUUUCAGUCAAUGGUUCUCCGAAACGUUCCCAAUCCUUCCAAAGAAGUCGCCAAUGCACUGAUUAUGGCCGCUUGAGAUCGCCAACUUCAUCAUCUUUUAUGUCCUCGUCCUCAUCCUCGUCGUCUACGUCAUCUUCGUCAUCUUUGUCAUCUUCCACAUCAAUUGAGAGUUCAGAUGUUGUCAAAGAGGGCCUCGAUUCCUCUUCUCCCCAAUACAGCCACAAGGAUCUUCCGGAAGCUGAGCAAUUUGAUCUUGAUCACUCAUCUUAUGAGCCAAUUAAGUCUCCGUCUAUGUCAACGGAAUUAAAACAGAGGCGGAUUCGCUCGAGAUCAUCCACCUUCACGAAAGAUGAACAAGUUCCAAGUCAGGUGGAAAAUGGAACAUCGAGUUACGCAGAAGCCGUUCGAUUAGUCCUUCAACGACCUCCACGUCCUCUCUCAACCUCUAUAACGACUCACACUGUCAAGUCAUCAAAUAGAAUAACAAAUGAUGCCCCAAUCGCCAAGCCAGGUUUGCCAUUCACUGAAUCCAGAUUUUCAAGAUCCCACGUAAGAAGCGACGUGGUCCUCAGAACAGCCAAGCAGAGAAGACCUGGGAAAAGUUUGCCUGAAGCUAAGACCACUGUUCUUCCUUGGACCCCCCAAGUGAUCAAACUUGACUCAAGAACCCCAUCCUUAGCCCAUCAAAAAAAAGUGACGGGAAAAAGUUCCACACAUGAGCUUCAGGCCACGGAUGACUCAACGCCAAAAAACCUCGACAAAUUGCAUCAAGUAUCGCCUCGAACUCCCUCAAUUGACACCCAGAGAAGAUCUCCAACGAGGCCAACGAGGGUUCCAAAUUGGAAAGCACCAGGUGUCCCCAACGUCAGGCAAAGACGACGAGAGAAAUCAAGUCCGUCAUUGAGGCUUUCCCAAAAGUCAACUUUCCGAUCCCACUCAACUAGUCGGAGGAGCCUGAAAAUGGACCGCCCUAACACGGACCACGGAGAACCUCUUUUGAGCGUGAAAUUGAAGGAUCUGAGUGCCGCGGAAAUCCCGGAAGUGGAUCAAAAGAUUAUCUCCAUUUUGGCCAAAAAACAAUUAGCCGUGGCCGAGGCGAACGAGGCGGCCUAUCGUCAUAAUCGGAUGUGGCAGGUCGAGCAUGAGAAAUGGCUCCAAGACAAGAAGAUAAGAGAGGAAGCUCUCAAGAAAUCGAUUGAGGAGAAACGCUCUCAAGAGGCGGCUUUGAAUGACCAACGCCUCGAAUCAGCCCGUCAACGUCUCUCCGAGUCCCAAGAGCUCUUACGAAGAUUGAUCGAGCAAAAGGACCAGAGAGCUAGGGACAUUAGACUCGAGAAAGGGCCAAAUGGACAAGACAUGCAUGUGAAUGGACGAUCCGUGGAUGAAUCUCGACGAAUUGCAGUGGAUAAGGCCCUGGAGGAGCUUUUGAAGCGAGAUUCUCAUUACCGAAAAGAGUUGGCUUCUCAUCUAGAAACAAAACUGGAUGCCGCUGACCUCAGGAGAAGGAGCAGAAAAGAUCAAGCAAAAAAGCAACUCCAAGAAUCGCUCGUCAAGGAACAAGAGCGGCACGAUCAAAAAAUGGUCCUGAUCCAAAGGCAAAAACGAGAGGAAGUCAAGCGAUAUCGAGAGGACAUUCAAUCCAAGAUGGGUCGUUUUACCAUGUGGCAAGAGUCGCCACAGAACUUGAAGAAGAAGUAUGUGAAACAUUUGAGGCAAGAUCGCGAGCACAAGGGCGAAAAAGUUCGCCAAUUAAGAUCCGAGCUUGAGGGCAAAAUGUCCGAUUGGCGAAGACAGGUUCUGGCCGUCCAAAGUGAAUCCUUACAGAGAGCGGAAGAAAAAGCGCUGAAACAGCUGUCUCAUCGGAAGCACAGGGUGGCCUCUCGAAAUCGGAUCCGAGAAAGAAAACACUCCCAAAAGAGACAAGAGGUGGAAAACGAGGAGAGGGUGGUGGAAGUUGAGGGUCGGAGACAGAUCAUGGAAAAGCAAGCCAAAGUUGAGAGACUCCUGGAGGAACGCGAACGGGAGCUGAAAAGAAAUCGAGAGCGAGCUCUGAAGUUGGCCGAAAUCCGGGAUCAAAUCAAACAAAAGAUCAAUCCCAACUCUUUUGACCAAAUGGUUGCCAGGGUUCAAAUGGAGUUGCGGACAACUCAAGGGUCUCCCGCUAUCAACAACAGAUACGUUUAGACAAGAUUAAACACUCGUGUUAUUCUCUGAUAAGCCAAAUUCAAUCUGACAGGGAGUGAUCUGUCUGCCUCUUCGUCCCUACUUUUUCCAAAGACACACCCAUUUAGGAACGAUGGGAAGUUCUUGGCAUAAAAAUCCAAUUGCAGGUGAAUUGUCUACUAUGCAAAAUCUAUGAAGACGCCGUUUGUACCAUACACUGCCAUUUAUACUUUAUGUAAAGACUUCGUUUAAUAAUAAACCAGCAUGAAACGAUGA